AUGAAGAAUAUUACAGAAGUGACUGAAUUUCUCCUGUUGGGACUAACCAAAGCCCCAGAACUACAGAUUCCACUGUUUAUUGUAUUCACACUUAUUUACAUUAUCACUUUGAUUGGGAACCUGGGAAUGAUCACAGUGAUUCUGCUUGAUUCUCGUCUCCAUACCCCUAUGUACUUUUUCCUCAGCAACCUUUCUCUGGUGGACUUUUGUUCCUCCACAACAGUCAUUCCAAAGUUCUUAUCUGGCUUGCUUCUUGACGAUAAGGUCAUCUCUUACAAUGCAUGUGCUGCCCAGAUGUUCUUUUUUGCAGCCUUUGCCACUAUGGAAUAUUAUUUCUUGACAUCCAUGGCCUAUGACCGGUAUGCAGCAGUGUGUAAGCCCCUCCCUUAUUCCACCAUCAUGACAAAAAGUGUUUGUGCUCGUCUGGCCACAGGUUGCUAUAUCAUUGGUUUUGUAAAUGCUUCUGUGCAAAUUGGAGACACAUUUUACCUCUCAUUUUGCAUGGCCAAUGUGGUCCAUCACUACUUUUUCUGUGACAUUCCAGCAGUCAUGACUCUGAGUUGCUCUGAUACAGGCAAAAGUGAGAUGAUUCUGAUUCUUAUUUCUAGUUUCAAUGUUAUAUUUGCACUUUUUGUUAUUUUGAUUUCCUAUCUAUUCAUAUUUGUCACCGUUUUGAAAAUGCGCUCAGGUGAGGGGUACCAAAAGGCAUUUUCCACCUGUGCUUCUCACCUUACUGCGGUCUUCCUCUUCUAUGGGACUGUCAUCAUUAUGUAUUUGCAGCCUAGCUCCAGUCACUCUAUGGACACAGAUAAAAUUGCAUCUUUGGUCUACACUGUGGUCAUCCCCAUGUUGAACCCAUUAGUCUAUAGCCUGAGGAACAAGGAGGUCAAGAGUGCAUUCAUGAAGGUUGUUGAGAAGGUAAAUUUUCUCUGGGGUUAG